AUGUGUGGCGAAUCAAUCAAAAACUUGAAAAGAACAGCCGACACUUGUGAAAAGAACAAUGUGCCGUACGAGAAUAACAACACUGUUAUACAGAAUAGUAAAUGUGAAAAACUGACCACUGACAAUGACUUUGAUUUGGACAAGUAUGAAAAAAUGGUUUUUAUACCGCAAAUCAGAUGGCCGGACCUCAUUGUACAAAUAUUAUUGCAUUUAGUUUCAAUUUAUGGACUAUAUCUGGUUAUUAGUAAUCAAGUUAGAAUUUACACAACGCUAUUCGCGAUAGGAACAAUAUAUACAUCGGGUUUCGGCAUCACGGCGGGGGUGCACAGACUGUGGUCACACCGAGCUUAUCGUGCUCGUUUACCGCUACGAAUUAUAUUGGCUCUACUCUUCACUAUCACAGGACAGCGGGAUAUAUAUACAUGGGCACUAGACCACCGAGUCCAUCACAAAUAUUCGGAAACUGCAGCAGACCCCCAUGAUAUAAGGCGAGGCUUUUUGUUUGCUCAUAUUGGCUGGCUAUUUCUGACCCCUCAUCCAGCAGUAGAAAACCGAAGAGAAGCACUGCGCAAUACUUCUCAAGAUCUAUUAGCCGAUCCCGUUGUGAGAUUACAAAAGCUGUUCUUCAUACCAAUGUUUGCAAUUUUGAACAUUGCGCUUCCAAUUUGGAUUCCAUGGUACUUUUGGAGAGAAACUCUUGUGAAUGCCUUCAUCGUGAGCUUCGUAACCAGAUUUACAAUCACUCUGAACGUCGCUUUUUGUGUUAACAGUUUUGCUCAUUUAUGCGGCAACAAACCUUAUGACAGGUUUAUAAAAUCUGUAGAGAAUAGCAUGGUUAGCCUGGCGGCGCUUGGUGAAGGCUGGCACAACUAUCAUCACGUAUUUCCUUGGGAUUACAGAACUUCCGAACUUGGUAAACUAAAUAUUUCCACAAACUUUAUCGACAUGUUUGCCAAAAUUGGAUGGGCUUAUGACCUAAAAGCCGCUACUAACGCAAUGGUGAUCAGCAGAGCAAAACGUAACGGAGAUGGUACAUUUGGGCAUUCGGAAGAACCCGAUCCUUCACCAGACUUUCAUUGCGAAUAA